UCUGAUGGCACAUAACAAGCACUCAGUAUACCUUAUCUAUUGUUGUUACACACUAUCAAAGCACUAUUGCAGCAUGCAGGAAGGACACAAGGAUAGGGUCAGGGGCAAGGAGUUAGUUGAGCAAAGGGAUGGGGGAGUGAGGCAGUUGAGAGAGUGGGUGGGGUUGGCUAGCUCUUCCAGGCCAGUGGAGCAACUUGCAGGAAGGCCAGAAGGCAGAGCAAGAUGCAACUUUAGAGCAGGCGGUGAGGUGCAGAGUAGGAGAGGAGGCUGGAGAGGCCCAGCCCUGGCCAAAAGCUCUCUGGGGACUAGGGAGUGGGGUGGAGGCUAUGUGGUAACUGCCUCUCCAGCCCCAGCCUGGAAGCUGGUGAGCAGCAGCAACAAGACCUUCUUUGGGGUGGAGAAGUUGCUGAACUUGUAUAAGGCCCUGUGGCACUGCCAGGUGCACCACACAGACCUCGCUGACCUACAGAAUUUGAACAGCCUGGGUGCCAUAAUGUCCAUCUACUCCACCUUGAGCUACGCCGACAUGUGGGUUGGUCUCUACUUGAAUGUGAACAUUAAUGGCCUGAGCUGGUCCAGCGGCUCCACCUUUACCCUCCCAGUGUGGAGCCUGCUGCCUGUGAUGCACCAGUAUGUAUUCUGCUGCCACCCCUUCACUGGGGACCGCCUUGUGGAUGGAACAGAAGCCCUUCACUUGCUACUAUGCUGGCAGAAGCACUACACCUGGGCCCCGCAACUCCCUCCACCCCAGCCUGUCUGCUUGUCCCUGAGGGGUCUCAGGCUCUACUGCUCCCAGCUGAAGCCCAUGGAGGGGACCAAUGCCUCCAUUAUGCAGGUGGUCUCUGCUCAAGUUGAGGUCCAGAUCGGCCAGAAGACCUUCACACGGUUUAACCAAGAAAUGACAUGGCUCUCAGCCCUGAUACACUGCCGCAGACACUACACGGACCUGGCCGACCUGCAGAACGUGACUGACGAGGCGGACAAGAAGGCCUUGAGGUCCAUCACGAAUGAGUUCGAGGCCUGGAUUGGCCUCUACUUCAACCCAGCCUCCAAGUCUCUGAGCUGGUCCAGCGGCUUGGGCACCAGCAUCCCCACCUGGCUGCAGGUGCCGGAGUUCAUGACAGGACUGUGUGCCGGGUUCCGCACUUACGCACGCUUCACUCCCAUGGUUUACUCAGUGACCUGCUCUUCCCUGCAACCUUUUAUCUGCUUCUAUGAUCCCUCUAUCGGACACCGGGAGUCGGCAGAACUCCCUCCGCUCUCUCUCACUCCCUGCACGGAAGAUACUGUGUGGACAACUCCCAGGCCAAGUAUACACCACUAUUUUCUCUUCUGUAUAGAUGUUUUAAACCUGUUCUUGGCUGGAUCUUGGGAUCUCCAGGCUGGCAUACAGCAGCCCAGGGCAGGCCCAUGGCACCCCUCUCAGAAGGGCCAAGACCAUCGCCGGCUCCGCGGCUCCCUGGCCCCAAGGGACACAGGCACUGAGCUCUUCAGCCGACACCACGGCCCGGCUAAACGCCUUGGUUUCCGAGGAAGCGACCGGGACCCGGCUGGCCACUGCCCAGAGUGCGUUCUCCGGCCCCACGGCCCUGACGACCCCGACAACCCCAAGCCCCGCUGGUUCUGCGUCCCUAGGGAGGCUUACUGUCCCCCAGGAAGUGACCGGAAAUCCUGUGGCCUCCACUUCGAGCCCAGCUGGUCUUGCGUCCCCAGGGAGCCCUGCUGUCCCCCAGGUGGUGACCAGAAUUCCUGUGGCCUCCUCUUCGAGCCCCACUGUCCCCCAGAAAUUGACCGGAACUCCUGUGGCCUCUGCUUCGAGCCCCACUGUUUCCCAGGAAGGAACCAGAAGUCCUGUGGCCUCCGCUUCGACAACCCCACCAGUGGCGGCGCCCACCGGAUUGGCCACAUCCAGCGGACUCCGCAGCCCCGAGUCUCCAGAGAGCUCCCCGAGGAUGGAAGAAAGUUCCUUGGAGCCUUUGGGCCCAAGGAGCCAGGCCGCACCCCAAAGAACAACCGCGCGCCAGGCGUUGAUAGCCCCGAGCCAGGCCACCAGACCGGAGACAACAGGGAGCCGUUUCUGCAAUUGUGUAUGGAGCAGUGGCUGCUCAUGCCUGUUUUCCAGCUCAGGGCUGGUCACCAGCAUCAGACCGUCUGGCCCUCAGCUGUGUCUGCUGUAACUCCUUUACCUUCCCCUCCUGUAGCUGUGACCAGUGCAGAGAAUGGUAUUGAUAUAAGAGAUACAGCUGCUACUACUCAGGCCCAACAUUUGAGCUCAUCUAACAGCCCAGAGUCUAAACAAGCAACACCCGCACCAGAAUCAGGGCACCCCUUUGUAAUCCUGAAAGCAGAUUUUAACACUACAACUCGCGCGAACCCAGAAGAUAUGAAAGACCAGUUUUUGAAAGAGAUCCAAGAAGUCUUAAAGCUUCAAUUAGGUCAUGAGCAAUUCAGACUGAAAUGGGUCGGCUUUGAAGUGAACAGAAAAUAGCACAAGUCUGCUGACUGGGAGUUUCCUUGUCACACAAUCAUCCCUAGAUUUUGAGUGAAUGUUAGUUUUUGAAUUCCUAGUAGAAAAGAAUUAGAAAUAACUCCAGAUAUGCUAUAUAAAAAAAAAAAAAAGCCAAAUGGCUAAAUUUCAGACCUUAAAAUAGCACAGGAGAAAACAACAUAUGAAACUUCCAUCCCUGGAUUCUCUAGAAUGAAACAGGAAAGCAGGAGAUGAGGUAUUUGGGAACAAUAGCCUUGAGAAUGACAAACAAGAACAAAAAACUGGAACCAAACCAUCAAAAUCUUGAGAAAACAAACCCAAUCCAGUAUCAACAAUCUUAACUUUCUUUAUAUCCAUCUGGGGCAUUAGAGCUAAGUGGGGCCACAUUUCCAAAUAAACUGGAGGAGACUGUCUUUACCAGCCACAAGCUAUUAAAGAGAUUUAAAAGUCUCCAGGAUGAGGCACUAGCUAUAAGGGUGUUGGCAUAAUACAAUAUAUGUGAAUGCUAGUUAUUUGUCCUUUAAGUAUUUCUUACCAGUAAAUUGGGAAAUUCUAGGGCACAUUGUUCUCAAUGUUAAAAUAUAACUUCAGAAUGAUGUUUCUACAUAUACUUUCUUUGUUUUUCUCCAAGUAUUGUAAAUACCCACACACAUGCUAGAAGAUAGUAAUAUUUCAAGUACAUUAGCAAGUUUACUCUGAAAUGUUUAAAGUCAAAGUUUAUUUGUAUUCUUUGUAGGAAUAUCAAUAAAAGACCUCAAACGUAUCUAUAUCUGUACAUGUACAAGAACUGUCAAAAAUUAUUCACAGAACAAAAAUAAAUCUUCUUUAGAACAAACCCAGGUAAUGAAAUGCAAAUAUGGAUCUCACAUAUGGAACAAU